UCGGGCUGAUACCGAGCAGUUAGCCCGGGAGCCUAAGCGGUGCUGGUGUACUUGGCUGGUCUCUCAGUCAUCACUGGCCGUUCACCCGCUCCUGCCACCACCACCACCACCACCACGUGGGCGAGAACACUCACCCAAGGCACUAUAGGCUCUCGAAACUUCAGUUGCAGUUCAAGAUUAUAAGCAACUCCUCCUCACCACAGCCAUCAACAUGGGCAAGUACACACGUCAACAAUGGCUCACCCUCAUCGUCUUUGCCAUCGCCGACUUCUGCAGCGCCGUCUGCGUCUCUCUACAGGCGCCUUUCUACCCGAUGAUGGCGGAGUCGAAGGGCGCGACGCCCACUCAGUAUGGCUUCGUCUUCGGCAUCUUCGAGCUGACAGUCUUCAUCGUCAGUCCCAUCUACGGUAAUUACCUCAACAGGAUCGGGCCCAAGUUCAUGUUCAACGCCGGCAUCUUCACCACGGCUUCAACGUGCAUUAUGUUCGGAUUUCUAGAUCGAAUCAACAACACGACUGCCUUCAUUGGGCUGUCGUUCGCCAUCAGAAUCGUGGAGGCCAUGGGGAAUUCUGGCUUCCUAACAGCGUCGUUCAGCAUCAUCGCUAAGGAGUUCCCGGACAACGUGGGUGCCACCUUCGCCUCCCUGGAGACCUGCUUCGGCCUGGGCAUGAUCGUGGGGCCAACUCUGGGUGGCGCGCUCUUCGAACUCGGGGGCUACACCUUGCCCUUCGUCACCCUCGGCAUUAUGCUGCUCGGGGCUGCUUCUCUGACCUACUGCAUCCUGCCGUCCUACAGUUCCGAGUUCAAGGGUGAUGCGCCCUCGGAAGGCAACAUGCUGUCGUUGGUGAAGAUCCCUGCCAUCGGCCUCGCUGCCUACGCCAUCAUUGCUUCUUCCGUCAGUAUUGGCUUCCUGCAGGCGACACUAGAGCCUCACCUCCGCCCUCUGGAGCUCUCGCCAUUCCAGAUGGGUCUGAUGUUCGUGCUCAACGGCGCCACCUACGGCCUCUUCGCGCCCCUGUGGGGAUGGCUGUGUGACAAGUGCAUCAACCCCAGGAUCGUGGUCAUCUUCGGGGCGUUUGUGGUGACCACUUCCUUCAUUCUGAUAGGACCGGCGCCCUUCCUGCCCAUCCCCACCACGCUGCCAAUCUGCAUCAUCGCGCUCGUCCUCCAUGGCACCGGGUUUGGCGCCGAACUCGUCGCCACCUUCACCAGUGCCCACCGAGAUGCUGUCGCCAACGGCUUCCCCGACGACAUUCAGACCUAUGGCCUCGUCUCGGGGCUGUGGACCUCCACCUUCGCCCUCGGGGCCUUCAUCGGGCCAUCAGCAGCUGGGGCAUUGUUCGACUGGAUUGGCUUCUCUUGGGCGACGGUAUUCGUGGUGGCGCUGCACCUGAUCGUCGCGCUGUCGUUCGGCAUCCACAUGUGCUGCACCAAGAAGAAGGUGAGCAGCGGCCUUUACACCAAGAUCCACGAGAGCUUGGCCCAGAACGACCCGGAGAAGGCGUCGCUCCUCGGGGGUAAGAAGAACUCCAUCAUCUCCAUCACAGACUCGUCUUACUUCAGUGGGGUCUCAGACUCAUCAGAAGAAUACUACGUAUAUUGACCUUAGACCUUCUUGGAAGUGAGUAAUGUGCUAGUCUACGCGAGCGUCAGGUAUCCGGCGGAGGCGUCUGGAAGGUAGACUUAAGGUUUACCCGACGGACGACCUCUCCAUUCCCACCGGGGCGAAGAUUCUCUCUCUCUCUCUGCAGCAGCCGACAACUUGAGAGAAAUGACGUCAGAUGACAUCAACGCCCACCCUAAGCUGACCAGCGCGUCCAUACCCCACCCAGCAGGGGUCCCAGCAGUCCCAGGAGUCCUAGGGGGUCCCAGGAGGUCCCAGGUGUUCGCCUUACCUUACGAGUAGUCCAGGAGAAGCAGGCGACGGAGAGUUGGUUCCUGGGGUCGUUCAGCAUUAAUGUUCCUUAGGCGUAACGUAAUGUUGGUUUACCCAAGUCACCCAUGCAGGUCUCUUAAUAGUAUUGUUAAUUAGUCCUAAUGGUGCUCAUUCUAACUGCUCAAUUUUGUACUUUAAGUUUAUGGCCUCAGGGCUGCCAUGACAACGGAGGUUGUUGAUGUGACAAGUCAAACUGUGUGAGAAUGUUGUAUGUAACUUAUGAAAAUAAAACUGCAGUUUAUAGAA